AUCUAAGAAGAAAAGGAGAAUUUUAGCAAUUAAAGUCCAUUUAGAGAACUAGAACUAGAUUUCAAAGAUCAUAAAAUUGGUAAAAACAGUCAAAUUAAUUGCACCCAAAAUCGUGUGUAGCGUGCGGUUUACAUCAACAAACAUUACUCAAUCAUCCGAACCACAUUCUAAAUCAACAACCAAACCCCAGCCAUGUCAGAGUCACCAGAACAGCCAACCAAAAAGCGUCGAUUCUCGUCCCGUUCUUCGCACUUCUCAAACCCAAACCAAACAGAAUUUUUCUUCAACACAAGCAUAAAGCAAGAACCAGAGUUGCAAGACGACACAAAAGAAGAAAUUAUUGGAAUUUUUGGAACUGUCGAUGACUGCUAUUGUCGUGUCUGCUUCAAAAUAUUCUCAGUUAAUGAUUCCAGGAAUGAAAUUGACAUGGGAGUGAUGUCAAUGCUUAGAGAAAUUUUACAGCUUGGCUUAAAACUGUCAAAUGGAUCACAGUGGAUUUGUGAAUCGUGCACCACAAAAGUCAAUUCAUUUUGGACAUACAAGUAUGAUGUCAUAGACAAGCAAGCUAAGUUUUCAGCUUUAGUGCUGAAAAAUUUACAUCGUGAUGUUGAGGAGAUCCAGAAUCUCAAUAACAAUUUGAACCUUAGUGACGUCCAGGUUGAUGUUUUUGUUAAAUCUGAACCAGACUAUUCAGCUCCAGACUUUAAUGAAGAUCCUUCGGAUGGUCAACGAAAGAGAAUCAAGACAAAUAGAGCAACACCGAAGAAAUACAAGAAACGGAAAGUACCGCAGACUUGUGAUGUGUGUGGAAAGGAGGCACUGAACCUUCUGAAUCAUAAGAUUAAGAAGCAUGGACAUAAACAUCUAUUUGAGUGCAAUUACUGCACAUUUUCGAGUUAUGAGAAGAAGAAGCUUCAAUAUCACAUUCAAAAUUCGCAUAUUAAGCCUAAAAAGAAGAGUGAUCCUGAUCAGGAUGAGUCCCAAGUCUGUCCGCACUGUGCCAAACAAGUUCGUCAUCUAGACGAGCACAUAGCGAACAUCCAUUGCGGCGAACGUAACUACUUUUGUGAUCUCUGCACAUUCUCAUCGUUUCGGAAGAAGCCAAUUGAACAGCAUAUGAUGAAUGUUCAUCUACCAAAGUCUGUCAAGUGCUCUCUAUGUGACUUUAUAACAAUUAAUAUAGAUAGAUUGAGAAAACAUAUAAGGAAUCAGCAUGAAGUUAGGGAAAGAACAACAGAAUAUACUUGUCAUGUUCCUGAUUGCAACAAAGUGUUUAGAAACAAAUUUAAUCUGCAAUGUCAUGUAAAGCGAUGUCACGAAGGAGAAGUGAAGUUUUUGUGCGAUGCUCCGGGAUGUAACAAGUCAUUCUUCUCAAAGAGUGAGCAGAGGAUUCAUUAUGAAAAUUCACAUGGUCCAAAAACAGUCGUGUGUGAAGAAUGUGGCAGUUCCUUCUCAUCAGCAGCUAUGCUCCGUAAGCACAGCUCACUCCAUCGAGAAUAUCAACAUCCAUGCACCUAUCCAAAUUGUGGUCUCAAAUAUCGAACAGCGACACAGCUCAAAAAUCACGUCAAUCGAAUCCAUUUGGAGCGUCGCGAGUAUGACUGUAAAGAAUGCAAUUCAGCAUUUUUUACAAUGCGCGACCUCGACCGUCAUAUUAUAUCGAAACAUUUGGGUAUCAAAUUCGUUUGUGAAGUGCCCGGAUGUAAUUCGACGCUGUCACGAAGGGAUGCAUAUUUGAGUCAUUUGAAAAGUCACAGUGGAUUGAGUGAGGAAGAAAGACGAGAGCUGGUGUCUAAGUUAAAUGAAUUUUGUAUGCAGUUGAAUUUGAAGAGAUAAGGCUGAGUGGAGAGUUAAGGGGAUGAUGUGUAAAAGGUUGGAAGGUUGAUGAUGAGAAACGAACUGAAGUUUUUGAUGAAGUUUGAAGGAUACAAUAAAGGGGACUUUGAACUAAGUUGGGGUGUGAUUUUGAAAGGUUUUUGAAUCCAAUCGAGCUGAACUUUUAGUGGUUUAUAACUUAAACUGGGGUGAAUACUAGGAGGGUCUCUAAACCCUAUUGAGCUGAAUUUUUGUCCUUACUAGUAACGAUUUGAAGAAAAUCU